AUGUAUGACGAAAUCUUUAAAUUUGUUGAUGGCCAUGAACGUUUAAUUAAAGAACCUCACCGAAUCAUCCAAAACCAAUUUUACCCAAUGAGCGUUAAUCAAGAUGAGGUUUUGGAUGCGAUAGAACGAUCUAAUUUUAAGACUGCGAAUCAAUUGGUAGCGAAACUCGUUAAAACGGCGCCCUUUGCGACUUUCCCCAAGAUUUUAGAGCAAUAUGUCAAGUUCAGACAAAAUCGUAAAAAAUUCAGCUUCGAAAGGGGGUUGGCACCCAUCUUGAGCGGUGUGUCUCCUCCAAAUGAUGCGAAUUCUUUGCAUUUACUCCACAGGUUCUUGAUAGAAUUGGGCAUGUACGGAAAAGCGCUGGAUGUGUACGCUAGGGCUAUGCAGAAAUAUCCGAAUUUUGAAAUUGGGUAUCAAUGGUUCACCAAAUCGUUAGAAGAUUUGAACUUCAUGCAUUUACAACAAUCGAGUUUCCAACUGCCGCGUCUUUCCACAAAUCCACGGCAAGUUUACUUUUGGAACGCGCUCGCCACGGUGGGGCUGGUCAAACUUCGAGAAAAUCUUUUGACCGAACAGAAAAGAAAUUUGCUUUUGCAAUUGAGCUACAAGUCUUUGAGCUCUGUCAAACCUUUCAAAAACAAUCAGGAACUAAUCGUUUUCUGCCACCUAUGCGAACUUUGCGGUGACAAAUCUCAAGAAAUCGUUGAAAUCGUUCUACCCACGCUUUGUGGGGACAAUGAGCGAACAAGUGUUGAUUUGCACUUGAAAAAUUUUAUUAUAAAGCAUUUGAAAGUUCUUAAUGAUGAUGAUCGUAUGGUUUACGUGUGUCAGAGGCUUUUAGCAUGCCUGGACGACUACGAUCUUUUGUGUGAAUUCAUCAAAAGCACCAAGGCACUUGAUCUGUCUCGUGAAAUUGCUGAGCAAGAACUCAAAAGAAGAGAUUCGAGAAACUACCGAUUGGCAACGUUCGAGCUGGAUUUGAGCUUUGAUGGGAAAAUAAGCGAGCGCUCUUUGGAAACGUAUCUGUCGAAAUUUCACAACAAACCCUGCUGUCACGUUGACAUACAACGUUAUAGAGAGUUCAUCGACGAUAGCAGCCUUUUCAGUGUAUUAGAGUUGCUACCGCCCGGGUUGCUUCAUGAUUGCAAUGUCCUCAAAUUCUCUGGUGAGAAAAUUGUCGAAUCGUCUAUCGAACUUUUGAUAAAACACGAAUCCGAAAUCAAGAACAAACUUGACACCGAUUACUCCGCUUGUUCCUACCUUCUCUUGAAUAUCAUUCAAGACUUAGUUAGGGAUGAGAACUUGACUCUUCAAAAUGCUGCGACGGCCAUAGCCCUUCUCGAAAACUACCAGAAGAAGGAUUGCUUCAAUUACGAAACAAGAGUUUGGCUGAUUAUACUUUACAAUUAUGUCGGAGUACCAAGCUUGGCCUUAGAGCAGUAUGAACAAUUGAAAGUGAAGAAUGUACAAACCGACACGAUUAGUUAUCUUGUGUCGUCGCGGUUCUCCUCACGAUUUCCAGAUAAAAAUUCAUCCGUCCUCUCCGAUUUCAUUGUUGGAGCUAAAGUUUACGAAUCUGCCGCCAGCCUUCCCCAAUUCAUACGCAUCGCAUUCGAAAGAAGUUGCUUUGCCAAAGUGGUCGGCAUGAUAGAUUUGUAUGACAAGCUUCAGAGAUCCAUUUCGCGGUGGAACGACAUGGCGGAGUCACUCCAACUUUCACGUUUAUUGAACGACAAACGUGGCGAGCUUUUAAAAAAUAUGCAUUCCACAUGGAGAGCUUUGGAACUAUCAAAUUUUAAUGCAUAUGGUGCAACCGAUAGACUAGAGCUUGUUGAUAACAGAGAUUAUGUGAUCCUAGAGCCAAUCGCUUCCAGUUGCUCAAAGAUACUUGAAUAUGCAAGAACAGACCAAUCGUGGACUCUGGCAUCCGGUCUCAGAGAAAUGCUAGUUGAAUCAAUUAGCACCGGCGAAGAGAAUAUCGACAUUUGCCGGUUUCUCGAUGCUUACAGCACAGAUAAGAUGACCCAAAGCGAGCGAUGGUCCUUCUCCCUUCUCAAGAAGCUAUAUCGGGAUGGAUGUGAACAAAGCGCCGAGUGGCUUCUCGACUCGUUGAACGACAAGCCUCAUUUGCACACAGAGACGUGGCUACUGACACAUGAUUACUGCGUACAAUUAACAACACUUAAGACCUUAGAUGGUAUUAAAAGAAUUAAAGAUGCUACCUGUAAGAAGAAGAUCAAAUUGGAACUGCAAUUGCUGAGAGAUGCAUGCUCUGAAUUGCAUAUGAGCUAUGCGAAACAAUGGGAAGGAUUAGACUUGGAUAAUUCGUUGAUAGAGCGUCUUGGAUUUUCUCAUCGCGUAGAAAACAUUCGACAAGGAUUUAUGACAAGCUUAAAGCUGGUACGGAAUCUUUAA